AUGGCAAAGAUCAAAGCAAAGGCAAAGAAAUACAAGACCAGAGCCGCAAAGCGCAGAGCCGAGUGUCGCGCAAAGGGUCUUCCCCUCCCACCUCCCAGAACCGUCUUCCUAGCUCCUAGACUCAUGGUUUUGCUCACCGCCAAGGAGAAGCGUGUUUAUACCAAGAAGUAUAAGUGGACUAUGGCCAUGCAAAGCUUUAAAGUCGACCGUACAUGGAAAGAGGUUCUCAAAGAAUACGCCGAGUUCCCAUUAGCUUAUUUGGAUCGCGAGAAGUAUGUCAACUGGGGCUCGAUCAGAGAUAAACUCUCUAUUAAUCGAGACCAACUUGAUGAUAUGGAGGGAGAGCAGGAUGAUCGUGCUGCUUUGUUGGUUAAGCACCUUGCCGACGAGGCAAGUGACAACUAA